AUGGCGGACAAGGCCAAAGACAGCACUCCCCAUAAGCCCGCCCCAAGCACAUCCACUGCGGCUCGUCGGCCACUGGCUGCAGGCAAACCGACGACGACGACCACGUCCAGAACGACUCCUUCCACCACGGCGCCUAGAACGACGCCUGUGAGUGGGACUCGCACCAGCACGACUACCUCCUCACUCAGCAAGCCACCAAUUCGCUCGACCGUGCCGAGCACUGUCCGCAAGCCGGCCUCAACAGCGACCUCAACACCGUCCACAGCGACAGCUACGCAUCGAAGCCGGCCUUCGGUUGCAUCUGCUACGGGUGAUGAGAAGGGCGACGACAAGAAAGAUGGCAUCGCUGCCCGGCCCAAGCGCAUGUCAAUGGCACCAACAGCAUCUACUGAGCGGCCGGCUACGACAUCGUCGCGGUCUGCACUCGGCACUCCUGCAAGCAAGCCGAGCGUAGCUGGUCGCCCGUCAGCAGCUCGGACAUCCACCGCAAGCCCUACUGCGGCACGUCAACCAGCUGCAACGCCUGCAAGACCGAUCGCAGGCGCCCGAACAACUCGCCCUUCCGCCACCUCAACUCUGUCAUCUCGAACGGCGGCUGCUGUAGCACCAGAGAAGAAACGGCUCAGCACAAUUCCUGCCUCUCCGGCCGUGGUCAAGGCUGCCGAUGAUGACAAGGAGAACAUCACUGAUACUGCCUCCGCCACUCUGAAGCCCCCAACGCGGCCUGUCCUUGGCUCCCGCAAAUCCACCCGCUCUGUCGUGAUGGAGCAGCGCAUACACGAGUACGAGCUGGUCUCGCAAAUGCUGUCCGCAGCCAUGACCGACGACGGGUCUGGCGCAGCUGAUCAAGAGGAGGUCGAAACACGAAUCAAGGAACGAACGAACAAGCUGAGAAGCGAUCUCGCCAAGGUUCGACAAUUUGAGAAAGAGCACGGCCGAGCACCAACCGCCGAGGAGCUGUCUGACGCUGACUCCCUGGCCGAGGAGGACAAGGAGUUGCUGGGGCUGGCUGAGUCUGGCAAAGAUGGCGAACCCGUGCCCAAUAACGAACCGAGCAAAGAGCUGGAUGACCUCCGAGUCAAGGAGGCAACACUGACUGCCAGAGUCGCCGAACUCCAGGCCGCGGCCGAAGCAGCAACUGCUGAGCAUGAGCGGGCUCUACAAGCUCAAGCCGAUCAGGUCCAAGAUUCGAGCAAGUCUGACGCCGAGUUAGCUGAAGCUCGUGAGAAGGCCGCUGCCUUCCAAGCACAAGUCGCCGAACUGACAGCUCAACUCGACACUGCGAGCGUCGACGCUACCAAGCACAGCGAAGCAGCCACAGAGUCACAGCUACAGAUCGAAUCCCUGCAAGGUCAGCUCCAAGACUACCAGUCCAAGGCGAAGGAAUCCGAAGUUGCGGCUACGAAGCAGCUUGAAGAAAAGAAUAGACUCCAGAUUGAGUCGCUGCAAGGUACAGUCGAAGAUCUGACAGCCAAACUGGAAGCCCUAACCAGCGAAGGGAGUGCCAGCAAGCAUUCUCUGAGUGAAAGCAAGGCGCUGGUCGACACGCUUACUUCUGAGAUCAAUGCGCUGAAGGACUCCGCCAUGUCAGAUUCACAAGGGAAGGACUCGCAGCUCACAGAAGCUCGCAAGCUUUCUGAGGAGCUCGAUUCGCAAGUGAAGGACCUGUCCACGAAGCUCGAGGCGCAGACGUCCGAAAGCACUACUCACCGUACAGCACUUGAUGAGUCGAACAAGCUAUCCCAGUCUCUGAGCGAGGAACUGGAGACCCUCAAAGCGGAGCUCAGGGCGGCCUCUGCAGAGAAAGAGCAACAGAUAUCCGAGGCUCAGGCUCUAUGCAAGACCCUAGAAGCCCAUGUCGCUGACUUGACGGAGAAGCUCGAGGCGCGAUCAGCUGAACAUGAGUCGAGACUGGUCGCGAGCCAGAAAGAGGCUACGGCGUUGAGCGCGACCAUUGCGGAGCUCGAAGCUCGUGCUGAAGAAUCAAGCAAGUCCAGCAAGUCGAUAGCAGAGGAAGCCCAGCAAGCCCUUGAGGCCGCCCGAAAGGAGCAUGCUCAACAGCUGGCUAAGCACAAAACCGACCUCGAAGAUCUGCAGCAGCAAUUGCAGGAUUCAAAAGCGGCUAGCCAGACCUCCGCGGAGGCCUCUAGCGCACAAAUUGACGAUCUGGAGAAGAAGCUUGCGGACGCGUUGUCGAACGCCGAGGCGGGCUCUGCGGCAAGUAAGGAGCAGACCGAUAGUCUGACGCGCGAAGUGCAAGAUCUGACAACACGUCUGGCGGAACAGAGCGUCUCGACAGCGGAACAGCAUAAGAAGGCAUUGCAGAGCUUGCAAGAAGAGCACGAGUUGGCGCUCUCACAACGCCAGGAGGACUCUGCAACUCUUCAGGGCCAAGUUGACGAUUUACGAACUCAAUUGGCCGACUUGCAACAACGCGCCCAAGAAGCGGAACAGAAAGCACUUGAAUCGCAGAACACCUUGGUUGCUGAGCAUACCAGCAAAUUGUCGACACUCUCGAAUGAGCACAAGCAAGCACUCGAGGCUGCACAUUCGGAGCAUGCCGCCAAAAUCGCCGGACUUACUGCAGGCCAUCAGAAAGAUCUGGAGGCCGCCCGAACCGAUUCGUCCAAACUCGACGAAGUUAUCGCCAAGCAUGAACGGGACCUGGAAGAUCAGAUGCGAGUGCACGAUGAGAUCCAAGCUGGCUUGUCCUCGUCGCACUCCAAGGAGAUGGCAGAUCUGAAGAAUGCACACGCCGAGGAGAAGAAGCUGGAAGCCAACCGACUGCAGGAAACGCAUGCGGGUGAACUCGAAACCCUACGAAACCAGACCGCUUUUACGGCUGAGCAGAUUAAGAUGCUCCAGGCAGAGCUGGAGGCCGCCCGGAAUGACAAUUCCAGCGAGCUCGAAAGCCUGCGAAAUCACAGCGCAUCCACAGCUGCGCAAAUCGAGAGGCUACAGGCAGAACUGGAGGCCGCGCAGAAAGAUUAUUCAACCGAGCUCGAGGACCUGCGAAAUCAGAAAGCAGAGCUGGAGGCCGCCCAGACCGGCCGUUCUAGCGAGCUUGAAACACUAGGGAAUCAGCGCACAUCUGCAGCCGAGCAAAUCGAAAAGCUGCAAGCGGACUUGAAGGCCGCCCAGGACGACCAUUCUACACUGCUCGACGGUGUGGCGACGACGCAUGAAGCCAAGCUCGCCAGUCUCAAAUCCGACCACGAGGCUGCCAUUGAUGCCCUGAAGAAGACUCAUGCUACUGCUCUGGCUGCUGCUCAAAGUGAAGGCAACGACUCGGCGGCUGCUUCUGCCGCGGAGGCCGCCCUGUUCAAGGACCAGCUGGACGACGCGAUCAAAGAGGCAGAAACAGUAGCUGCUCAACUGAGUGAGCUGGAAGACACCCACCAGUCCGAGCUUUCGAAGCUACAGAAGCAAUUGCAAGAUUCCCAGCUGAAGGCCGCCCAGAUGGCCGAACUCAACGACUCUCAUCAAUCUAAAAUCUCGGCUCUACAGCAGCAGAUCGAAGAGACACGAUCGAAGUCUGCCGAGAUAGAUCACCUCAAAGGUUCCCACCGGUCCGAGAUCUCCGCCCUCCAACAGCAGCUCGCCGCCAUUCAAGAAGAGCACAGCACAGCCCUGGCCAGCCACUCAGACGCCCUCACCGACCUUGAAGGCCGCCUGAACGAAGACCACGCCGCCGCAGUCCAACAGCUCAAAGACACACACUCUCAGCGUGUGAAGCAGCUAGAAGCCGAUGCCGCAUCUGCCCUGCAGAGUCUCGAUGACAUCGAGGAGCAGCACGCCGCCGCUCUGAGUGCUGCACGUUCCGAGACUGAUGCCGGCAAUUCAGAGAGGGUGCGGACUCUUGAGCAGCAGUACCGAGCGGCUGCCGAUGAGCUUGAUGCUGCGCGAUUCCAGGUGUCAACGCUGAAAGGAAUACUGAAGGACGAACAGGACAAGGCAGAGGAGGCGAGGGCUGAGUUCGAGGCGGAGGUCGAGAAGGUCAACGCAGAGUUGAGUACUGCGGUUGGGAAGAUCGCGGGUAUGAGUUCGCGAAUGGCGGAUAUGGAGAGGGAGUACGGCGAGAAGCUGAAGGCUGCUUCUGCAGCGGCUGCGGCAAAGUCGCCUUCUAUUGAAAGCCCCUCGCCCAAGACUGGCAAUGGUGUCGGCGCGAGCAAGUGGGCGUCCUCCCCUUCGCCUGCCACGCCGACUCGGCCCGCCGAGCAGCGGCAAGUCAGCACAAGCUCAGGCAACGACUUGCCUCACGCCACACCUACGUCGCCAGAACACAGUCGUGAUAUGGAUGCUGCUGAAGAACACUCAGGCCACGGAGGCCUCGGACCUCACGGCAAGAAAUCCAAUGUCUCCGGCCAGCUCAAGGGCAUUGAGGAGGGACUCCGGCAGCUAGACGAUCUUAGCGAAGAAAGUCUGCGUGGGAACGAGAAGAUGGCUGCUAUCCUCAGCCGAAUACCUGCGCGUGAUGAUGGGCUAGAAGGAGAGGAAGGCGGUCGUGACAGCGAGGAUGGUGUUGGUGGCGUUGGCAUGGGUGGUGAGGCCUAG